UAGCCAGUGCAAUCGCAAUAAGUUGCCCCAUCGUGGUGGCUGCCUCCACCAGAGUGGGAGGCUUUUAUUUUUUGUAAAUAAAUGCCAACAGUCUUUGCGCGGCAAAAACAAAAAUGAAGACUUUAAUAUAUUUUUUUAUAAUAUCAUCAAUUUUGUUCAACGAUCCUAGCACAGGUGAAGAAGCGACCUUUGAAGAUGACAGUGGUGUCAAUGACAUGGGAUCAUCUACGAGACGUAAAAGAUUUUUUUGGGGAGACUACCAAAGCCCUGCAGUUGAGAAUUUCAUGAAAUACAUAGGGAGUCCUUACAAUACACAGAGUCCUAGUGUUGACUUUUUUAGUUUCCUCCGCGAUCCAUACCCUUUGCCUAAAGGUCUAAAGGAGCCAUACUCAGAGUACGACUUCGUGAUAAUCGGCGCCGGCUCAGCCGGCUGCGCUCUGGCCUCGCGUCUCACAAAGAAUCGCAAUAUAACAGUUUUAUUACUGGAAACUGGUAAACCGGAAAUGAUACUAACGGACGUGCCAGCUUUUGCGCCAACUUUCCAGGCGACGGAUUACGUCUGGCAUUAUUAUAUGGAGCCUCAACGUGGAGUAUGUUUGGGAAUGAAUAACAAACGGUGUUUCUGGCCGCGGGGCAGGGCUGUAGGUGGCACGAGCGUAAUAAAUUACAUGCUCUACACGCGAGGCAGGCCGAAGGAUUGGGACCGUAUAGCGGCUGAUGGGAAUUAUGGCUGGUCCUACAAUGAUAUCAUUAAAUAUUAUGUUGAACUGGAAAAUGCUAAUUUAGGAGGAUACGAAAAGCAGCCCCAUAGAGGACGCAAUGGAGAAAUGCCAGUGGAAUUCGUCAAAACGAAAACCCCGUUAUCAAACGUUUUUCUAGAAGCUGGUAGAAUAUUGGGGCAUCCCACAGUCGACUACAACGCUCCAGAGGAAUUAGGUUUCGGUCAAAUUCAAGUCACAAUCAGCAACGGUCGAAGAUACAGUGCUGCCAAAGCAUUUCUACACCGACAUAAAAAUAGACCUAACCUACAUAUCUUAUCGGACACCACAGCUACAAAAAUAUUGAUUGACCCUCAAACUAAAAUAGCAUAUGGUGUAGAAUAUGUACGUAAUAAUCUACUUUAUACAUCUUUAGUACGCAAAGAGGUUAUAGUAUCGGCUGGACCAAUAGCUUCACCGCAACUUCUGAUGCUAUCGGGUAUCGGACCGCAAGAACAUUUAAAUUCACAUAAAAUACCGGUAAUACAUAACCUUCCAGUGGGUCGUAGACUUUACGAUCAUAUUUGCUUUCCAGGGUUAGUAUAUACUUUAAAUGCAACAGGCAUAAGUUUCAUUGAAAACAGAGAGUUGAGCCUGAGGAACACUAUUAGCUGGCUACAACACGGUGAUACUGCUUACGCAUCACCCGGUGGAGUAGAAGGCAUUGGCUACAUAAAAACUCCGGUUAGCGACGAUCCUGAGCCUUCAGUUCCAGAUAUAGAACUUAUUAAUAUAGGAGGAUCCAUAGUCUCUGACGGAGGGCCAGGUGCGAGUAAAUCUGUCCGCAAAGGAAUGAGAAUAACUGAAAGCAUUUUCGAUGAGGCGUUUGGUUCCAUCGAUGGUACAGAUACAUGGAGUACAUUUCCAAUGUUACUGCAUCCCAAGUCCUUUGGAUACAUAGAGUUGAAAGACAGUAAUCCAUUUAGUCAUCCCCGUUUAUAUGGCAACUAUUUAACGGAUCCCAGAGAUGUUGCAACUUUUGUAGCGGCAAUCCGACACGUACAAGCUCUUACUGCGACAGCGCCGUUUCAACGAUACGGAGCAAAAAUACACCCAGCUAAAUAUAAACCGUGUCGAAAGCAUACAUUUGAUUCAGACGAAUACUGGGAAUGUGCAGUUCGUACUCUUACUGCAACACUACAUCACCAAAUAGCAACAUGUCGUAUGGGACCUGCAGGCGACAAGCUCGCCGUCGUGGACCCUGAACUUCGAGUUCAUGGCAUCAAGCAAUUACGAGUCGUUGACUCUAGUAUUCUACCUCGUACUAUAUCUGCACAUACUAAUGCACCUGCAAUGGCAAUAGGUUUAAAAGCGGCAGACUUAAUAAAACAGACAUGGAAUAUUUAGAAUUAAAAAAUACUUAGUCUUUA